AUGGCCACCACCCCGAAGAGCGCGCUCAACAUUGUCAUGGGCUGCAUGACAUUUGGAGAUCCCGGUACUGAGGCCGCUCGGGUCUCGGAUUUGAAAGAAAUCGCGGCAAUCAUCGAUGCAUUUGCGGCUCAUGGCCAUACUGAGCUGGACACCGCUCGAGCUUAUGGAGGGGGCAGCGCGGAGUCCUACCUCGCCCGGAUCGAUUAUGCCAAGAAAGGUCUGAAAUUGGCGACAGUGGUCGGGACAGAGACUAUUUCUCACGGGCCGGAGGAUCUCCGUAAAUGGCUCGAUGUCUCCCUGAAGGAGCUGAACACCGACUGUAUUGACCUGUGGUACUUACACUCUCCCGACCGCACGACUCCUUACGAGGUUACCAUGAAGGCCGUGAAUGAACUUUACAAGGAGGGAAAGUUCAAACGCUUCGGCCUCAGCAACUACAUGGCUCGCGCAGAUCUGCGAAUUUGCAAGGCCAAUGAUUACGUCCAGCCGACUGUUUAUCAAGGGCUCUACAACGCCGUUCGACGCGGCGUGGAACCUGAAUUGUUCCCUUGCUUGCGCAAGUAUGGCAUCAGCUUUUACGCGUAUAACCCCCUGGGCGGAGGUUUCUUCACCGGCAAAUAUCUGAGCAAGGAUGCCAAGGUCGAACCAGGUUCACGCUUCGACACUAACAAGUGGCUAGGAAAGUUUGCGAGCACCGUCUACUGGACCGACGCCUACUUCGACACCGUCACGAAUAUCAAGAAGGUCGCAGACAAGCACGGCCUCACCAUGGCUGAAGUCGAGUUCGGGGAUUCGGUUAUUAUCGGCGCAUCCAGCCUGAAGCACAUCGAACAGAACCUUGUUGAUCUGGAGAAAGGACCUCUCCACGACGAGGUUGUCAAGACUUUGGACGAGGCUUGGAGCGGGGUUAAGGGGAGUGGUCCGUCCUACUACCGUUAA